UUUUUUUUUUUUUUUUUUUCUAAAAAAAAGUAACAUCCAUGUUAUUGUGUUCUAGCACCUUUUUCACCUGGAAGGAAGAAGCAAACACGGACCUUGUGGGGGAAAAAAAGUAGAAAGGAGUUGAUCAAAAAAAGUGGAUCAAGUUGCUUCUGGACACGGAAUGGACCCGGCUUUACUUUUCAUCAUUUCCUCCUGUUUAGGUUUGUCGGCAUGUUUCUCUGUGGAGGAGCGGUCCCGUCACCUCUCUUUGGAGAAAACCUACGGCCGCUCGGUCAAGGAUUCCCACAUGUGCCACCACAUGUUGAAGCACCUACACGACGGGGCCCGCAUCACCGUGCAGAUGCCCCCAAACGUGGAGGGUCACUGGGUGUCCACCAGCUGCGAGGUGAGACCCGGUCCGGAGUUCCUGACGCGCUCCUAUCGCUUCCAUGCCAACAACACCUUCCAGGCCCACCAGUUCUACUACGAGGACAACCACUGCACAAGGCCCACCUACACCCUGCUGGUCCGGGGGCGCUUGCGCCUACGCCAGGCCUCCUGGAUCAUUCGGGGCGGCACCGAGGCCGAGUACCACCUCCACCGGGUCCAGAUCACGUGUCACGGGGCCGGCGUGGCCGAAGAGCUGAGUCAGAGGCUGAACCGGAGCUGCAGGGGAGCCGUCAGGGGCCCCUGGGAACCCGACGUCCCCUACGAGCUGUGGAGCGAGGAGGGAGGCUACAACUGCUCCAGGGAGCUCAACUUCGCCAUGCACGAGCUGCAGCUGCUGCGGGUAGAGAAGCAAUACACGCACCACAACCCAGAUCACCUGGUAGAGGAGCUCUUCCUCGGGGACGUCCACACGGACCCCGCGCAGAGGCUCUACUACAAGCCCUCCAGCUACCAGACGCCCCUGCAGAACGCUAAGAACCACGCGCACGGCUGCAUCGCCUGCCGCAUCAUCUACCGCUCGGACGAGUUUCAUCCGCCCAUCCUUCCGCCGCGUGCCGACCUGUCGGUGGGCCUGUACGGCCAGUGGGCGAGCCAGCGGUGCGAGGUGCGCCCGGAGGUGCUCUUCCUCACCCGCCACUUCCUGUUCCACGACAACAACCACACGUGGGAGGGUUACUACUACCAUUUCUCCGACCCAGUGUGCAAGCAUCCCACCUUCACCAUCUACGCCCGUGGACGCUACUCGCGCGGCCUGCACUCCACCCGUGUCAUGGGCGGCACCGACUUCGUCUUCAAAGUGAACCACAUGAGAGUGACACCAAUGGACUUCGCCACCACCUCGCUGCUCAACGUGUUCAGCGGCGACGAGUGCGGCGCUGAGCGCUCCUGGCAGCUGGGCGUGGAGCAGGACGUUACGGCCACCAAUGGCUGCGUGGCCCUGGGCAUCCGCCUGCCGCACACCGAGUACGAGCUCUUCCGCAUGGAGCGCGAUGCCAACGGCCGCUACCUGCUCUACAACGGCCAGCGGCCCAGCGACGGCUCCAGCCCGGACCACCCGGACAAGCGGGCCACGUCCUACCAGCUGCCCCUGGUGCGCUGCUCGGCCAGCAGCCAGGCGGCAGGACGCGACCAGGCCGGGGAUGACACGGCCCUCCGGCUCAGCAAUAGUGGCGGGGGACGCCAUAGAGCCGGUGUCACGGCGGUGCUUGUUGCGCUUGUGUUAAAAACACUGUUGUUGCGUUAGGCCCAUAAUGGAGACUUGAGAAAUGCUACAAAAGUUGCCUUAGGAGGUCAUUACUUGACCCCAAAUGGUACAAUAGUGUAGAUUGUACCUUACGGGCCACGAAAUGGACUUAAGUGGACGUACAUUGCUGGAGGGAAAAGGAGCCAUGGGCCAAAGACUUGUCCCGUAGAAAAAAACUGCACUUUAGGUGGAAAGACCCAAAGAUGGACUCCGAUGUUUAAAUGAUGUGAUACGUACACAUUUUUUAUUAUUUUUUUUUAAAGAUAAGAGGCAGGGAGCCAUAACUCACAAAACGUUUGGGAUAUUGGGUGAAGUUUCAGGAUGAACUUAAAUACACUAUAACCUUUACAGGUGAACCUAAUAUUUGACCUUCUCUAAAGUUUUUUCGUGGCCAGUCCCCGUGUGGAAUGAGGCAAUGUCAUGACAUUGUGGCAAGUAGACUAUAAGUGAUGGCACAAACCAAUGAGAGGCCCUUUCUAGUUUGACAUAGAUUGCUUCUUUCACACCACUUCAAACCUUCAAACCGGCAGGCCUCCAAAUUCAGAACUUGUUAUCCUCAAAGGAGGCCCUUAUUUUUGAGAUGCAAAUUAACUGCUGACUCUGGACCCAUAGAAACUGCUCUCCUAUGUUGUGGCAUGCGUUUGUGUAAGGGUUGCUUAGUCUCUCCAAUGUAAAGGUCAUUGCACUCCUCACUACAUAAACAACUUUGCUGAGUUUUCUUCUUGGGAUUUUGACCUUUGGGUGAAGCAACCUUUGUACAAGGGUGUUAAUGAAUUUGAAAUGCAUAGCUUGGUUGGGAGAAGAUCAGCGAGUCGUUCUGCCACUAAGCAGGUGAACAAUCAGUUGGUAUGCAGGAUGGGCAUUCACCAGCCACGCCUGGCAACAACAGCAACCCAAUUGUGACCAAGCCCAGUGGACACAUCCACCAGAGACAAAUAGGGAGACUCGACACUUGAAAAUUGUUAACUGAAAAAGCCUUUUUCUGAUUUAACACGAAACGUAUUCAACAAACAAGAGGAGUCCAGGUGCCUCAAUUCAAACUUUUCGGAGUACCAUGACCUGAAUGACUGGAAAAUCUACAGACAACUUGACCUUUCCUGAAGUUUUGAAUGUACAACCCCUAUUCCAAUGAAAUUGGGACGUUGUGUUAAACAUAAAUAAAAACAGAAUACAAUGAUUUGCAAAUCAUGUUCAACCUAUAUUUAAUUGAAUACACUACAAAGACAAGAUAUUCAAUGUUCAAACUGACAAACUUUAUUGUUUUUAGCAAAUAAUUAUUAACUUGGAAUUUUAUGGCUGCAACACGUUCCAAAUAAGCUGGGACAGGUGGCAAAGAAGACUGAGAAAGUUGAGGAAUGCUCAUCAAACACCUGUUUGGAACAUCCCACAGGUGAACUGGCUAAUUGGGAACAGGCGGGUGCCAUGAUUGGAUAUAAAAGGAGCUUCCCUGAAUUGCUCAGUCACUCACAAGCAAAGAUGGGUGAGGUUCACCUCUUUGUGAAGAAGUGCGUGAGAAAAUAGUCGAAUAGUUUAAGGACAAUGUUCCUCAACGUACAAUUGCAAGGACUUUAGGGAUUUCAUCAUUUACGUUCCAUAAUAUCAUCAAAAGGAAUCUGGAGAAAUCAGUGCAUGUAAGCGGCAAGGCCGAAAACCAACAUUGACUGCCCAUGACCUUCGAUCCCUCAGGCGGCACCGCAUCAAAAACCGACAUCAAUGUGGAAAGGACAUAACCACGUGGGCUCAGGAACACUUCAGAAAACCAAUGUCAGUAAAUACAGUUUGGCACUACAUCCGUAAGUGCAACUUGAAACUCUACAAUACAAAGCAAAACCCAUUUAUCAACAACACCCAGAAACGCCGCCGGCUUCUCUGGGCCCGAGCUCAUCUAAGACGGACUGAUGCAAAGUGGAAGUGUUCUGUGGUCUGACGAGUCUACAUUUGAAAUUGGUUUUGGAAAUUGUGGACGUCGUGUCCUCCGGGCCAAAGAGGAAAAGAACCAUCCGGACAGUUAUGGACGCAAAGUUCAAAAGCCAUCAUCUGUGAUGGUAUGGGGCUGUUAGUGCCAAUGGCAUGGGUAACUUACACAUCUGUGAAGGCAGCAUUAAUGCUGAAAGGUACAUACUUCUUAUUUCAGCAAGACAAUGCCAAACCACAUUCUGCACGGGUUACAACAGCGUGGCUUCGUAGUAAAAGAGUGCGGGUACGAGACUGGCCUGCCUGCAGUCCAGACCUGUCUCCCGGAGACCCCGAACUGUUGGACAACUGAAGCUGUACAUCAAACAAGAAUGGGAAAGAAUUCCACCUACAAAGCUUCAACAAUUAGUGUCGUCAGUUCCCAAACGUUUAUUGAAUGUUGUUAAAAGAAAAGGUGAUAUAACACAGUGGUAAACAUGACCUUGUCCCAGCUUUUUUGGAAUGUGUUGCAGCCAUAAAAUUAUAAGUUAAUGAUUAUUUGCUAAAAACAAUCAGGUUUAUCAGUUUGAACAUUAAAUAUCUUGUCUUUGUAGUGUAUUCAAUUAAGUAUAGGUUGAACAUGAUUUGCAAAUCAUUGUAUUCUGUUUUUAUUUAUGUUUAACACAAUGUCCCAACUUCAUUGGAAUUGGGGUUGUACAUGUUCAACUUUUCAGUACUUUUUGUAUAACUUGCUGUUCUCCAACAAGUAGUUCUCAGGAAAAUUUACAACACGUGUUUGAAAGGACGUCCACUUCUAUGCCUUUCUGUUAUUCUUUCAGUGGUCAUUUCCACCUGAGAACAUCCUGUUUCAAGCCUCGGAAUAGUGAGUUACUGUUGAUCAACUGUUAAGUGUCAUGAUGUCCAAAUGUGGACAUCAUGACCAAAAAUACCCUUUAAAUACCAAUUCUAAUUGAACAUGGAAAUCCAAUGGUCGAUUCAUGGAUCAAACACCUGCUGUGAGGUGUGUUUUGACGUUGGGCGUCUUUGUUAGAGAACAGCAACUUGUGCAAAAAGUAAUAACCCAUUGAACAGUUGGACAUGUGCAAUUAAAAUUGAGAAGGUAAAAUGAAGUUCACCUGUAAAGGUUCUAGUCCAUCUCAGGUUCAUCAAGAAAUUUCAGCCAAAAACUAAAUAGCCCUAUUUUUUUUGUGUAUAUUACAUACAAGGAGUAUGUGUGGAAUUUUUCCGAAAAUUGUUUUUUAGAAUUGGGCAGGCCGGUGAAAAGGUGGUUAGCAUGUACAGUUUGGAGGUUCGGAGUUCAAAUCUCAGCUGUAUGGAUAUAUAUAUAUAUUUUUUUUUUUUUUAUAUAUAACUACAUGGUGCGCCGGAUCCAAUGCUCCAGAGGGCCAUAUAUGGUCCAUGUAAGAGAUGUUGAUUUUAUUUUUAUUUUUUAAUUGUAAAGAAACACAAAAGUCAUGUUUUGUCAUAUGAAAUUGACUACAAUUGCACUUACUGUAACAUGUAUGUUUUCAAGACAGCAGGGUCAAUAAAUACUGUAAUGACA